AUGCAUCGGAACGAGAAGGCUAUGCUGAUUGGAUGGCAGGAGCGGCAGUCUCGUACAGAUCCGCAUUCCCAGAGGACAUGCGUGGCGCUAGUUUACGAUCCCCUGGAUCCCCUACAGCACUCUGAAACGACUCCUGAGACGGGCUUUUCCGGCCCAGGUUGGGGUGAUGCAGCCUCUGUCACUCAGGAUGCCGGUAUGACUCCUGAUGGAACGCCGUGCCAACGGGGAGUGUGCAACAACCUCGGUCAUUGCCACUGCAAUAUUGGCUACGCUCCACCAGACUGCAAAAAGAGCGGAAACGGGGGCUCAGUCGACAGCGGGCCUCCACCACCAUCGUGGCACGAAUAUGGCUUUAUAUUCGCCAUAUGCCUCAUCGUAUUCAUUCUAUGCCCAGCAUUCCUGCUGUGCAUGUACUGCCUGCUAUGCCGAUGCCGAAAACGAAGGCUCAUCUUUCCCAAAUCCGAGCCCCUUCCUCCACCCUCUUCCUAUGGAGAACCGUUUGACUGGGGCGGCUUUUUCAAAUCCAUAUGGCAAUGCUGUCGUAGAUGCAAACCGCACUUUGACAACGAUCCCCCGAUAAUCGUCACGUUUGGACCACCAGAUUCCAAGGAGCUGCUCAAGAAUGGCAAUAUUUUCACGACAACUGGAAAUGCUCUGCUGCAAAAUGGCCAUUCUGUGAAGGCAAUCACGGCGAAGCCAAACGGUAACGCUUCACAUGUGCUUGUGUACCCGGUGGCAACCAAAGAGGUACACGGAUUCUCUCCUGAAGCCUUCCGUCGAGAGCUCAUGCAAGAAUUCAAUAAGGAUAGUAAAAAACCGGUCUUUUUGAGAGAACUUGAGGCCGAAUGGGAAGCAGCAGAACACGAAGCAGGUACGUCGAAGGACUCAUCUCUGGGAUCCUUGACACCCGAAUAUGGGCCAGGCAAUGUACGCAUGGAAAUAUCGUCACCACGGUUAGAAAACACCACGUUUAAAGGCGAGACGCGCUCCCUAGCUUUGGCGGCUCGGAUCCAACAGCAGCAGCGUGCCGCCCACCAUCGAAGACCGGCAGACAUGUUGGGUCCAAAGACAACUAACCAGAGCUUGCGUCACCCCACCUCACCCAUCAGCGGUACGCAGACUGGAACCAAACAGUUCUCUACCACCUUCAAUGAGUCCGCCAAGCUCGAUAUAUCCGCACCCACACUUCAAACCUCUACGUACAAGCAUGAUCUAAUAGAGCUUCCUGAAGCUUAUUCUACCCUAAAGAAUUCGAAGAGGGUUAAGAAAUCCAGAAUGGUCUCCAGAGAUCCGACAUUGCACCCAAAACGAUAA